AUGGCGAGCAUGGAGAUCAAUGGAUGCGAUGACGAGGAGGAGGCACUGCGUCGAGCGAUCGCCAUGAGUCUUGGCGAGGACGCGACCACUACCACGACUGACGACGACGCCCCAGGCAGUGCCAACAAAACCCAUGAAGGGCUCGGCCAAGACCAUGCCCAAGACAAGGCAGACACUCACUCAUCCUCAGCAGGAGGUAUGAGCAUGCUUGGCAUUGACCGCAAAGCCAUGGAGGAGGAACGCUUGGCAAGAUUGAAGAAGCGCAAAGCAGGGCCGACCAAUCUCAACACCCACGACGGGCGGGAACCAGAGCUGCCGCCGGCGCAACGUCCGAGGCUCAUGAAUGAUCUGGCUGGCCAACGCUCCGGCAGACCCGGGAUGUCCCAGCCUGCCCUGCCAACCGCACCCUCUAGCCUGAACUCAAACUCCAGCGCCAGCAAGGGAGUUUCCGAGGCAGGUCUUCCCUACGCGCAGGGCAUCGUCUUGAGGACUUGGGCCCUGGGUUAUGCCCGUCGGGACGACGACAUCACAAUCGAGGAGGUGUUGCAAAAGGACAUCCUCGAGCUCGCCGUGCUCAGCUCCUUUCAGUGGGAUGAUGAGUGGCUCAUGCGCAAGCUGAAUCUCAAGAAGACCAAGGUUCUUCUGAUAGCUUACGCUGAAGACGAAGACACUAAAGCCUCGAUGCGAAACAAUGUGCCCAAAGAUGUGAUCAGGUUCUGCUUUCCACCGAUGGAACGUGGAUGUAUGCACUCCAAACUUAUGCUCCUGAAAUACCCGAAAUACCUCCGCAUAGUCGUCCCGACGGGCAAUCUUGUUCCCUACGAUUGGGGUGAGACGGGAGUGAUGGAAAAUAUGGUGUUUGUGAUCGAUCUGCCUCGGAUUGACGACCCUGCGAAACUCGCAGCUAAUGCACUCACCCAUUUCGGAGCGGAGCUGCAGUUCUUCUUGGAGCGUCAGGGUGUGGACGGAAAGAUGGUCAAUAUGGAGGUUCCCAUCCGAAUGUCGACACAUGGCAACGAACGGUGCUCGUCCAUCGGUGCCGUCAACAACGAUCUCCUAGCUGCUCUGUACAACGCCUGCAAAGGCGACUCUGGCAUGAUGGAGUAUGACGAAAGAACGCGACGACAAAAGAAGAACAAGGAUGCACCUCCUGCGGCCAAUGAGACGGGCUUUAAGGAGCAUAUGCGAGUGUAUUUUCCCUCUCGCGAUACCGUACGAACCAGUCGAGGCGGGAUGAACUCAGCCGGUACGAUCUGCUUCCAGCCACGUUGGUGGGAUUCCAAAUCAUUCCCUCGCGAGGUUCUGCGAGACUCCAAGAAUGUGCGGACAGGUCUACUUUCCCAUAGCAAGCUGUUCUUUGUCCGGAAGCCCGCCUCUGGAGCUGAGGGAUCAUGCCGUGGAUGGGCGUAUCUGGGAAGUCACAACCUAUCCGAAAGCGCAUGGGGCCGCCUCGUCAAAGAUCGAAACACAGGACAGCCCAAGCUGAACUGUCGCAACUGGGAGGCUGGUGUGUUAAUCCCUGUAACAACGCCAACACCACGCCCCAUCAACAAUCCCAAGACCGGCGGAACACCCACCGACGGAUCUAAGGAGGGGAAGAACAUGCUGGACGGCUUCCAGGGUGCAAUCCCCAUCCCCAUACAGCUGCCCGGCACCCCUUACUUGAACAGAUCCGAGGCAGCAAUACGCCCUUGGUUUUAUCAGGAGAACUGA